CUUUGAGAAAUUGAGAUGACAGCAGUGCGCGUCGUGAGACUUUUCUGAUUCUCUUAUUCAAAGACCGAGAUGUCGGUCCAUGCCAGCUGGCCUUUAUCUAACCCUGGAAGCUAUUCGGGACCCAGCAACCUUGACAAAUCUUUUUAGUCUAGCAUAGCAGAUGGGAGUUGGACGCGGCUAGUGAAAUAGCAAUUCUGGGACUCUGUCGUGAAGUUGCCAGCUGAAACUAGCGACCGACGCUGCCGAAGAGGCUUGGAAGAGGUCACGUUGUGGAUUAUGAUUACGGGAUCCAGGAGAGUGUCUUGGUAACCCUCUGGCCGGCAAAUCUUGUCGGUUCGCGUCCCGUCGCGGAACAACCUCCAAACCGAGAGAUUGCCGCGCACGUGCCUCGUGUGCCUGGAUCUGAGAGAUUCUAGUGUUGUUAGCGCAGCGGUCCAGCAAUGCUUAUUUUGAUAUUCGAAGGGCGGUACACUGGUGCUGAAGAUGCGGCGGUUUGUGUCGGAUCACCAACAGGGAAAAGCCGAGGCCUGUAACGCGGUCGUCCGGAAAAACGACCCAUUCCGAGCAGCAGUGGGCAAUCCAAUCCGGGGCGAGGUCGGGUCUGGGGGAGCUCUGGGGAAGCUGUCCGGGGAAGCGGAGCUGGCCGCAACACCAAGCCCACCAGAGCCGUUUUGUCCUCGGUUACCCCACAGUUCGUGGCACGACAUGCGGAGCGCUUCACAGGCCAAACACACCACCAUUGGCCGCUAAUCACACGAGAAACCACCACAUGCCGAACCACUUGCUCCUGCCGCUCUGCCCAUCAUGUUCUCUCCUGGCCAGUCUGCCAGUUGUGCCCAACGCACCUGCUCUACCUUUGCCAUACAUCAAUUCGCAUGUUUUCUUCUUUUUGUCCCACCCUCCAGAAACUUCCCCCCUUUUCUGGGCUGGCCAUCUGCAAGCAUCUAUCCUUGAAUCUGCAUACGCCGGAGAGAGAGGGGUAUCUUAUCCUCCCCACGCUCUAAUUUGCUUGUCGAUCUCUUGUCAUCUCAUCCUUGCAUCUACUCCAUACAACUACGUCUUCUUCCCCACGGGGCAACCUCCUCCCGCGGCAACCGAAGUGGGAAUAUAAACACUCCCCUUCGUCCCUGAUUUCUGUCCUCUCGACCUGACCUCGACAUCAUCGCUUCGUUAUACACACUUCAACAGUUCUCGCCCGCACUUCAAGAUACCCUUUUUGUUGGUUUUGUGCUGUUUCGGUUCCUUGUAACAAACCACCACACUUCCACCCCCCACCCUUUUUACGUACUACUACAACUACCAAGGACGACAAACCACCACUCUGUCGAACCACCUCCGACUACCGAGAGAGAACACCUUUACUCUACCAAAAAUGGCCUCUACUCAGCAGCAAUCCCGCCUUCUUUCCACCUCUGCCCGCGUGCACCCCCCUUACCUUCCUCACCUCUACACCGCGGCUACCAAACCAUCCCCCCUAGCAAGGGGCAUCAAGUGGGUUCCACCUCUCGCAGGCGCCCUCGCAGCAGGCUACGUAGCCGUCUCAACCUACCGCACCUCCGCCGCCGCCGCCCAGCAACGACAGGCCGAGGCUGAGCAGGCUGAUCUAGAGAGGAGACGACAGAACGCCGCUUUGGCGGACGCCUACGGGGACAGGAGCAGCUUGGAGGAGCUGGAGAGGGCGAUGAGGGUGUAUGAGGCGCAGCGGAGCAACAACUAAGCAGGGGUGAUGUUGCCCAGGAAGAGGGGGACUGACUGAUGAGCGGGCUCUUGGAGGGUUCUCUCGUACUGACAGGGCAAUGACAGGGGGAAAUGGGAAAUGCGGUGGAAUUUUGGCUUUUUGAUAUCCUGUUUUAGUGUUUUUCUGGGUUGGUUUUUUGAAAGGCAUUGGCAUGGGUUAUGAACUGGAUGGAUGGGGCUGGGCAAACGGGCACAAGGCAUAUUUUCUGGCGGGGCGUUUUUGGAUGGGCAAUUUGA